AGGAUGAGAUUAUUACUCGGCGCUCGAAGUUUCUACUCCCCCUCCAUAAAUACCACACGACGGCAAAUGAGAGCAGAGAUUAGCAACAAAGGAGCAACAGGUACGACGAAAUUUCUAUACAAGACAAAGAGCUCGAAAGGAUACUUAUACUGUAAGAAACCUAAGGGCUGAGGUAUUAUAUAACAGACGUAUAUAACAUAAACGUCUCAAAUCUCGGUGAGUCCUGCGAAGACUCAGACGUUCUACUGAAACUGGGACACUACUCUGAAACUGUGAUAAAAAAGUUGAACGGGUCCCAGUAACCUCCUAUAAAGGAAAUAUCCACGGUAAGAUCAUCUCUAGGAAAAAAAAAAGUAGGCAAGGUUUUUGGUAUUUCCUCACCUUCUCCUGGGAAAAGAUUAAAGAAUCAUCACGCCGGUACUUCAGAAGACUUGAAUCCGUUAUGUACUCAAACAGAAUUGAGGGGCCAAAGAGAGGAAGAUCCUUUGAUUCCAUGAAUACGACUUUUGAGGAGAAGCAGCUCAACAAUGAGAUGAACAAGUCCAGCUUCAGUAAGAUUGAAGAGAAUAUGAACAUCUCUUCUGACCGAGGCAGGGCGGCCAUGGUCUUCUCGCUGAAGAAUGAGGUGGGCGGACUGGUCAAGGCCUUAAAACUGUUUCAGGAGAAGCAUGUAAAUCUUGUGCACAUUGAGUCCCGCAAGUCAAAGAGGCGUAACUCAGAGUUUGAGAUCUUUGUGGACUGUGACAGCAACCGAGAACAAUUGAACGAGAUCAUUCAGAUGCUACGCUCCCACGUGAAUGUGGUAUCCAUGAACCCACCAGACAACUCUUGCUUAGUAGAUGAUGAUAUGGACAGUGUACCAUGGUUCCCAAAGAAGAUUUCAGACCUGGAUAAAUGUGCCAAUCGAGUAUUGAUGUAUGGCUCAGACCUGGAUGCCGACCAUCCCGGAUUUAAAGAUAAUGUCUACCGCAAAAGAAGAAAGUAUUUUGCAGACCUGGCCAUGAGCUACAAAUAUGGGGAUCCCAUUCCACGGAUUGAAUUCACAGAAGAGGAGGUGAAGACCUGGGGCACAGUUUUCAGGGAGCUCAACAAGCUUUACCCAAGCCAUGCCUGUCGAGAGUAUCUGAAAAACCUGCCACUUCUUACUAAACACUGUGGCUACCGCGAAGAUAACAUUCCCCAGCUGGAAGAUGUAUCCUGUUUCCUCAAAGAACGCACAGGCUUCACUAUUCGGCCCGUGGCUGGGUACCUUUCUCCACGAGAUUUCCUGGCAGGCUUGGCAUUCCGAGUUUUCCAUUGCACCCAGUAUGUACGCCACAGCUCUGACCCUCUUUAUACUCCUGAGCCAGACACUUGUCAUGAGCUACUAGGACAUGUUCCUUUACUUGCUGAGCAAAGUUUUGCCCAGUUCUCUCAGGAAAUUGGUCUAGCCUCUCUUGGAGCAUCAGAUGAAGCUGUCCAGAAACUAGCCACAUGCUACUUCUUCACAGUGGAGUUUGGACUAUGUAAACAGGAUGGUCAAUUACGAGCCUAUGGAGCUGGCUUGCUUUCAUCCAUCAGUGAGCUCAAGCAUGCACUCUCUGGAAGCUCCAAGAUGAAGCCUUUUGACCCCAAAGUCACCUGCAAGCAAGAGUGCAUCAUCACAACAUUCCAGGAAGUCUACUUCAUCUCAGAAAGCUUUGAGGAAGCCAAAGAAAAAAUGAGGGAGUUUGCAAAGACCAUAAAGCGCCCCUUUUCAGUUCGCUACAAUCCCUACACACAGAGCGUGGACAUCCUGAAGGACACCAAGAGCAUUUGUGGGGUGGUCAAGGAGCUACAGCAUGAACUGGACAUUGUCAGUGAUGCUCUUAAUCGAAUGAACAGUCAGAUAGGAGUGUGAAACAUUUUACUUUCUAAAUUUUGUAUGUGCUAGUAUGUUUCCAGUAUGGUACCUUUCAAAUGCUGGCAUAUAUUCCUGCAUGCCAAAGUGUCAGUUGAUGGGGAUCUAUGUGGGGUUAAAAACUUAAUUUUCUUCAUAUGAGAUGUUAUUUUGGUAUUGGUUGUCUUUGCCUUUUUUCUCAUGACACCUCUACUGGCAUUAUACAAUUGCACAAUGCCCCUUAUGUCACUGAUACUAUAUUUUACUGUGACUUUAGCUUUUCUGCCCUAAUUCAAGCUCUUUGUGUAACCAAAUACUAUGGUCUUGGUCAGAAUCCAUUCUGUCUCUCUUUAAAUGACACCCUGGCUUUUCUGUUGCCCUUGCACAGCUGAUAACCUGCAAUCUCCUCUCAUUUUAUCCUGCUUACCUCUCUCCUUCUGUGGCAGGGAGGCAACCCAGUGUACCUGAAUAUAACUUUUAAGCUUUAUGCUUUGUGGGUUUAUUCACCAGCCUUUUUUUGAACAAGUUAUCAAAAACAGCAGUGAUACAUUAACAACAUUCAGCCAUGACUGAUCCUUAAACCAUGCAAACUUUCUUCUGCAAUUGAGCAGCAAUUCCACCCAUACCAUCCUUAAAAUCACAAUCAUUAAUGCUGCCAUCUAUGAUAUUUAUUCACUUAGACCUUUUCUUUGCUAGAAAUUUGAGAUCUGGUCUCAUUUGGCCCCUGAUGCCUUUAAAAUAAGUUCUGUAGGUGUAUAAAACACAGGAGAAGUGAGCCAGCAGCUAUGCUGAUCCAUAUAUAUACAUAUGAUUGGCCAUACCUUUGAAAAUGAUCCUUCCUUCCAUUCAUGAAAAGCAAAGUUACUGUGGGUUUUCCUCUCCUAUUGGACAAAACAUACAGUUGUUCAAAUUUACUUUAUAUUGUAGUUUUCAUUUGUAAAGGUAUGUGCUUAUUGAAAAUAUAUCUCAUUCUUGUGCAAAGAAGUCACAAUAUAUUGCAAUAAAAGUAUUAUU